AUGAAGGAAGAUUGUAAGAAAACACAAGACGUUGAACUCACCGAAGAUGUCACGUUUCGGGAUAUGAUGCUGAAGCAGCAAGUGCUUGCCGGUCUCACAAAAUGCAAUUUCAUCAAACCAUCGCCCAUCCAAAUGCGCGCCAUUCCCAUUGGACGGUGUGGCCUAGAUUUAAUCAUCCAAUCGAAGUCGGGCACAGGAAAGACUUUGGUCUUCUGCACAAUUAUCCUCGAACGAUACGAUCCGCAAAUCAAAACUCCACAAUCGCUAAUUGUGGUGCCAACACGUGAGAUUGCAUUGCAAGUUGAGAGCUACUUAAGUUCCAUCGGAUCCAGUUACUCUGGAUUCAGUGUGGCGAGUGUAAUUGGUGGCCGUGACAUUGUCGAAGACCGAAAACGAAUCAGUAAAUGUAAAGCGAUUGUUGGAACGCCCGGUCGAAUAUUGCAUUUGAUCAAAAAUAACUAUGUCUGUCUGCAGAACAUUCAAACAUUUGUGCUGGAUGAAGCCGAUAAAUUGGUGUCUGACGAUUUUUACGGUGAUAUCAAUAAGUUUUUGAAUGCACUGAACAAAAAUCGACAAAUUAUUGCAUCGAGUGCAACGUACGCCGACGAUUUGGACAAAUUGAUUGUGUCGUUUAUGCAUAAUCCGAUUGCGGUGUCCACAUCACGUGAUACAGCCGUACUGAUUGGCGUCAAACAGUUCAUUCUGCCCGUUACAGAGUUUGCAUUGCCGAGCACAGUGCAGAAUUCAACGGCUUCCAUUCAGGCCAUGCGGCGCAAAGUCGCUGCAGUCGAGUAUAUCCUUAGCACAACAUCAUUUAAGCAAUGCAUUCUAUUCUCAAAUUCACAACUUCGCGCCAAUAGCUAUGCCAACUAUUUGACCCAGAUGGAAUGGACCGUUGAAUUGGUGAUCGGAUCACAUGAUCAAGAGACCCGUACAGCAACAUUGCAAAAGUUUCGACAGUACAAAUCUCGAAUACUCAUCACAAGCGAUCUGAUGGCACGCGGUGUCGACAUUGUAAAUGUCAAUUUGGUGAUAAAUCUGGAUGUGCCCGGUGAUAGUUCAACGUAUUUACAUCGUAUUGGACGAUGUGGCCGCUUUGGCCGUCGUGGAUUGGCCAUCACUUUGGCCAGUGAUGACGCUGAAAUGGAAAAAUUUCGAAAAUUGCUCGGUAUCAUCGGUGGCAGUAAAAUGAAAGUGGCCACAUUUCCGACUACUUUGAAUGGCGGUGCCAAUUUUGAUGCAUGGAAUUCCACCGAUGAAUCACAACCAGAUGAUUCAUACGUAUUUGGCGCAAUCGAUGAGGAAAAGCCAAUUGAGGCUAAACAAGCAGUUAAUGAGGAACUGCACAAUGGACAAGAGAAGCAAACGUCGAAACAUGAAGCGGAAAAAGAUACAAUCGAAAGUAAAAAUUUAAAUCUACUCGAAGUGGCCCGGCUGCUAAUUGAUACGGAUUCCACACCAAAUGACCUGUUUUCGAGUUAUCAAAAUAGCACUGACAAUACACCAAUGCCUGAUGUCACCAUUUCAACAGAUAUCUUCGACGACUUUGCCCAGUUCCAAUGCAAUGGAAAUGCUGAACAACAAGAUGAUCAAGGUGUUGGAGUUGUGGAAAAAGAUGAACAUGAAGCCAAAGAAGAGCGAUUUGAAUCUGUUCAGGAGAAGAAAGAGAUUUCAUUUGAUGAAAUGCUAACUACGAUCUUAAAACAGAAAAAUUAUCCAGGAGAUGAUCAUGAACACGGAAAUUCAUUUGGAGAUCAACAACAGGAGAACACACUUGAUGAUCAUCUACCACCAAAUGUAGCUGACAAAGAGGAAAUGCCGAAGAGUACGGGUUUACUACCUGUGAAAAAAUCCAACCAUGAAAGUAAUACGAACAGAAAAAGUCGCAAAAAUGCCAAACAACAUGAGAAUGCACAGGCAAAUCGGUCCGAAUUACCGAUGCCAAAUGAUUUCUGGAUUCAGACAUAUUGGAACCAAUUGCGUGAUAUCAAUAAAUACGUAGCACAUUCAAACCGUCGAUAUAAGUAG